CGUAGCGACCUUGCAUGCAGUGAUCGCCACUCCCACGCAGCGCAGGGAGGCGGCUGUGGUAAACUGGGGGUAGGCAGGAGGGGAAGAAGCCAAUCGCUGGAGUGGGAGUCCGGUGUUCCGCGCAGUGAUUUCAAGACGGGAUCUCUCCAGCCUGUGUGCAAGCCAUUGUGAACACCGAUUAACAGGAUGGCCAUGGCGUUGACGAGCGCAGGUAGCCUCCAUUCAAUUGCACCACCCGGGCUGAUUGCAUGUGAGCGGCGAGAUGCAGAAUCUGGUGCCCGCGCAAGGAGAGUGCGGACAUGGUUGCUAUCCCGGAGUGGCGGAGGAGCGUCGACUCGAGCAGCUCCUUCGCUCUCUGAACCUGACAGCAGUCGGGCAGAGCGGCAUCUAAGCGCUGCUCGCAGCGGUGUCCCGCUGAAGGUGGGACUCGGUUCCACGAGACCAAGCAAGGUGGGACCUGGUUCCUCGAGGGCGAGCAGGAAGUCCCGUUCAAGACCAUUUUGGCUGGCGGCAGCGAGAUCUGAAGGUGAUGAGGGCCGGAGAACGUCUGGCGGUAGCGAGGAAGUGGACGGCAGCAACCCGUUGCGCUUCGUACGGUGGUUUAGAUCGAAAUUGAGCACGUUCUUUCCCUCCGGAAAGGGACAGAGAGAGGCGAAGUCGGGGGAGAAGGGGAACUACAACGUCUACUACACUGUGAAAGAUGGUGAUACGCUGGAAGGUAUCGCGGACAAGUUCGACGUCCCCCGCCAUUUUCUGAUUGAAGUCAACGAUAUUCCGGGCAGCAACAAGUUGAGUGCGGGUCAGGUUUUGUGGAUUCCGCAUGUGUACGAAGUGAAGAGGGGCGACACGCUGGACAGCAUUGCGGAGAAGUUCGGUGUGCCCAAGUCGAGGCUGCGGGAGGUCAAUGGUAUUCAGGACGCUGAUUCGAUAUCUAGCGAGGACGCAUUGAUCAUCCCGCCUACGGAAGUUGAGAGCAGGGUGGGAGGGAAAGGUCAUGAAGGAGAGCGCCAGGGUGUUCACACUGUGAAGGAAGGAUCGACGUCCGGCACGGCAGGGACGACGGGCAGCGCAGGGCAAGGAGGAGGAGCAACGACGGGGACGGCUGGUAGGAGCGGUACUUCCUGGGGCCAAGGCGGAGGAUCAACGUCGGGGGGGGCGGGUGGCACAUCUGCAGGGCAAGGAGGAGCUGGGCGCACGAGUGGCGCACCCGCCGGGCAAGGAGGAGGAUCAACGACGGGGACGAGUGGUAGUAGGGGUACCACAGGGCAAGGCGGAACAUCAUCAUCUGAUGUGGCGGGUGGCUCAUCUACAGGGCGAGGAGGAGGGUCAACGACGGGGACGUCGGGGACGGGUGGUAGGAGCGGUGCCACAGGGCAAGGCGGAGGAUCAGCAUCAUCGACGACGGGGACAUCGGGUGGGUCGGCAACCCGCGGAGGGCAGGGGGACGCAGGGCAAGGACGUGGACAGGGCACUGAGGGCAGGGGAUCCGCUGGCCAGUAAAGCGGGGAGGAAGUGGUAACUCGGGGCAGGGGAGCCAUUGGAAAGAGGAGGGUUAAGAGGGUUAAGAGGGUUAAAGAGGGUUAAGAGGUUCGUCUUAGUUCACGAGACGCAGUGGAACUGCUUCAUGAAUCAUGGCAAUGCGGGGACGCCUAUCGAGGAGGAAAAGGACUGGAAAAGAUGUCGUUAAACUUCCUCCUUCCGCCAUUGAGGGUAUGGACAUCGGAAGUGGGACGCAAAGGGAGGUGGGUGCUGCUGAGGGUUAGGACGAGGGGUGGAGGAUGUUCAGGGUGUGGAUGGGGGAGGAUCUUCAGGGUGUGGCUGGGUGGACCUCGCGGCUUCCUCGGAGUGAGCUUUUGAAGGCGCCUUUCGCUCUAUUAUGAGGUGAGAAGAGAAUUUGACUGAUUCACAAGAAGUGCACUCGCGAUGGCACUGAAGGUACUACAUCUGCUUGGGUGUCUUGCGUCCGGUCCUCGUCAAACGGAUGUGCUCGAGGUAGUGUUAAUAGUAGUAGCAUGGUUUCGAUGAAGGCGAGGAGGUGGAGGCCGAAGGAGAGCGUCCUCAGAGAGACGUCGCUGCACUGCCUACGGUCACAAAGACUUACAUCAUAGGAAACCCAAUGGAGGGGAGAGUCGCUACAGGGUCGCGCACCCAGAGCUACAAGCGAGUUGGUUGGUUGACGGUUGGUUUUUGUUGUUGUUGACACUCAGUCGUCGUUAGCUUUGUUCUUUCCUGUUUUGUCCUGAUUUUCGAGGCGAAGUUCUUUUAUCUAUAGUAUAGGAAUGUCUACAGUCAAGAAGGUGUACGUUAGAGACAGGAGUCCGAGGGAGGGAUUAUUCAAUACCACAGGAGGCAGAGCCAGAGUGUCGAUGGAGUUGGGUGACGGUCGGUCCUUGUUGCUGUCGUUGUUGUUGUCGUUGUUUUCAUGCUUUUUUGUUUUGUCCUGUUUGGUUCGGAUUUGACUGUUACCUUCACAAAGUGAAAACCCCCUCAGAAUGUGAAAACCUACCUUCACAAACUUAGUUUAACUUGGUUUACAACCAUCAGAGGUGUUUGAGGGAGGGAAGAGUCAUUGAAGGGUUGCGCAGCCAGGGUUGCGCUGCAAGGGGGGUCGGUUGAGGGUUGGCUCGUAUAGUGUUUUUUUUGCUCCCGUUCGGUCCCGACUUCGAGGGUAGGGAAAGAGGUUGGAUGUUGAUGUGCCGUUCGCUGAUGGUCUAAUUCCUCUCUCCACAAAGUGCCGCGUAUCGCGAUAGUAUCGCGAUAUGUGACCAUGCCUUUUAGCUUGUAUACGUAGGAUAGUACCACGGUAUCUGACCGGCCUUACAGCUUGUAUGCAUUUGUGAUUAGCGUGCGGUGUGGAAGGGAAUGACGUUAGUCUAUAUUGUGGGAGUAAGAGAUCUUGACAGUGGUAUAUCGUCGGGUUGUAUGUCUUUUUUUUUUGCAUGUCAUUUUCCCGCCGAGGACAAGAAAAAAAAGAAAGAGGGGAAACGAGAACUGUCGGGGGGAGAAAAUAUCAAAUGGACGGCGUGAAGGGGUAGUAGUAAGUAACCUGUGAGGGCAUACUGAUGGUAGCGCUUUCGUAAAUGCAUCUGACUGCAAUUACGGCCGGAGCAGGAUGAAUCUGACUGCAAGUACGGCCACAGCUUAGUAGAAAAAUCGCAGUGGAGUAUGCCCUUGAUCGC